AUGGCCACUUCUUCACAUUUACUCCUUUCUCUUCUCCUUUGCCUUUUCUUUCUCUCAACCCCAACUCUCUCCAGAAAAAUAAUUUUGAAACCUACUGCUCCUACCCCAUCUCCUAGUGAAGAAACUCCAACAAUCUCACCUUCUCCUUCAGAAGUUCCAACCCCAUCUCCUCAAGAAGCUCCAAUUGUCAUCAUUACACCUCCUCCUCAAAGUGGCGAUUCUCCUCGUCCUGCUCCUGCUCCUGCUCCUGCUCCUGCUCCUGUGCCUGAGCGCGUAUGUGGCCAUCAUCCUCUUGAGGGCCGCCACUCAGGUCACGUCGGCCACCAUCGGCCCCACACCAAAUGUAUUCACCAUCGCCGCCGCCACCAUCACCAUGGCAAAGAAUCCCACCAUCAUGAACAUGAUCAACCACCUGUUCAAGAACCUGCACCUUCUGCACCAGUUUCUUCUCCUGAAGUUUCAGCUCAAGCUCCUGAAUCUGGAUGA